GAUAACGAUGACUUCGACGCAUGUUACAUUGUAAAGAAGGCAACUUCCCUGCAGGCGCCGGGACGAAGUGAGACUCGCGUUCCGAGUAAAGUUCCGAGUAUAGUUCACAGCCGCUCUGACUGCCUCCUUUCAUAUGGCAUGAAAACACAGGCAACGUGAGCUAGGAUACAUUGUACGCAUGAAACUUAAAAAUGGAGAACUCGCCACCUAGCCAUGCAAGCGCGGUUGUUGCCGCAAAGGUUUAAGCGCCAGGUGGUUUCAUGCGGCUUGCUCUAACCUAACUGUGCUAUCAAGAAAUGCACGAAAUUUGGCGGUGAGUGUUGGUCGCUUGCAUCGAGUCGUGUCGUGAAUUGCUCAACCCUGCCGGCUAGCGCGGUUAUAUGAUGCUGCAAUCCAUACAUUUUAUAAAAUGGAAAGGUCUGCUUACACACUGUAAUAGUGGCAGAUAAUACGCAAGGAGAACAGUGAAAAACCAAUACAUCAGAACCGACAGCCAGCCUGAACCGCGACAGCCGCGAAGAGCCUUUUCCACUCCCGAGCUCCCUUUGACGAUCGACCAUGUCCAAGCGGGUACUAGGACUGCAUUGCAAUUCAUGGAUAGUCGCAUUGGUCGUCGCUGGCUGUGUUGCAGCCGCGUCGGCUCAGUCGUCGCUUCCUGUCAUCUCUCGCCCAGUCGUCGCUUGCUACGAGGGUCCUUCCGUGUCCCGCUCCUGGGACCCGCAUGGAUUCAGCAGCAUUGCAGACCAGCUCGCUGAGCUGGAGAGGGAGCGCGUGCUGGCAGUGGGUCCUUCUGGGCGCCCGGCCGAUGCUGCAACCGGAAGCGCUUUUGUAGUGCCGCCCCUCAGUGGCGACGAAUCGCUGCUUGAAUCACAUGAGGACAUCCAGGCACUUGCCGACUAUGUCGACGCUGGUGGCCUCGUUAUCUUGCAUCCAUCGCUUCGGGAUAGCAGCGAGACCCCGGAGCUCAUUUCGCAGAUAUUGAGCUACAAUGGCGAGUGGAAGCUAUGUAAGCCGCUCACCGACAACCGGCGCAGCCAGCUGGGACGCGCCCAUGCACUGCCACACGCCGAGAGCUUCCUGCAGGGCCCUGGUUGGCCCAAGGAGCUCGAGGACGCGGCCAUUGUGCAGGCCUUCACCCGCUGCCACCACUCCGACCCCGAGGCCUUCUCCAUCCCCCUGUACGCCGCGGGCGACGACAACUCCAAGAUUGUGGCACAGGCCUUCGGCCGCGCCCAUACCCAUGGCGCCGUCGUGCUCCUGGGCUACAGCUGGCGCGACGGCCCGCAGCCCGGCUGGGGCGAUCUGCUCGCAAAGCUGGUCACCGACUUCGCUGACGGCGCCUACACAGCCCACGCCGCCGGCCGCUUCACGACUGUGGCUGCCGCCACCGCCUCCUCCCACGACGCGGCGGACGCGGCUGACAUGGGCAGCGACGGCACCGACAACAACUCGCCGUACGACUUGGACUCGUCCUACAGCCAGGAUCUGGAUCUGGAUUCGGUGCUGGAGGGCGCUGGCGGCCUGUCCGACGAGGCGGCGGAGGUGGUGCGCCGCUUCUUGACCGCCACCAUGGGAUACCCUGGCUACCCGGGUUACCCGGGUUACCCGGGUUACCCGGGCUACCCGGGUUACCCUGGCGUGCCGGCCUACCCCCCGCCCAUCUACAUCUCGCCACCGCCUGCCGUGCUGGACUCGCCCCCGCCCGCCACUGCGCCAUCGCCUUCGCCCGCGGAGUCUUCCCCGUCUCCUUCACCCUCUCCUUCCCCUUCGCCCUCGCCCGUCUACCCCUCUCCUUCCCCUUCGCCCUCGCCCGUCUACCCCUCUCCUUCCCCUUCGCCCUCGCCCGUCUACCCCUCUCCUUCUCCUUCGCCCUCGCCCGUCUACCCCACUCCUUCUCCUUCGCCCUCGCCCGUCUACCCCUCUCCUUCUCCUUCGCCCUCGCCCGUCUACCCCUCUCCUUCUCCCUCGCCCUCGCCCGUCGACCCCUCUCCUUCCCCUUCGCCCUCACCCAUCGACCCCUCUCCUUCCCCCUCGCCCUCGCCCGUCGACCCCGCUCCUUCCCCCUCGCCCUCACCCGUCGACCCCUCUCCUUCCCCUUCGCCCGUCGACCCCUCGCCCUCUCCUUCCCCCUCGCCCUCUCCCUCGCCCGUCGACCCCUCGCCUUCCCCCUCGCCCCCCGUGUACGCCCCGCCGCCCUCGCCCGCACCCCCUGCGCCCGCCCGUGUUCUGUUCAUGGAUUUUGCCAACCUCCCCGCCACUGGUGUGCAGGCACCCACCAGGCCGGUGGUGUGGUACGACGAUCCCGACUUCGACAGCCUGCUGGCCGCCAGCCCCAACAACAGCAAGCUGUGGAUGGUGAAGCCGGACCGGGAGCCGUGUGUUGGCUGCGGCCAGUGCCCCCGGGCCUGGUACCCCACCAACACCAGCGACACCACCAACGGCUUCAACUACACCACCAUUGUGGUUUACUUCCGUGAGCCAAUGCUCAUCAAGAGCGUGCGCCUGAACGAGGUCUACCAGCCGGGCGGCGUGCAGCAGAUCUUCCUGCUGCAGUGGCCCGCCGUGCCCGUGCCGCUCGUCUUCCCCAACGCCACCGCACUCGGCCCCGAGUCCGUCAAGAAGCAAGACAUUGUGUUCAACGGCCCCGACACGACCAAGACCUGCCCGGGCGUGCUGAAUGUCGACGUGGGCGUCCAGCGCUCCGCAAUGAAGGCACCUGUGCGCAAGGGCUUCACGCAGAAGCGCCUGCAGCGCGGCCUCAAGAAGCGUGCCGUGGGCGGUGUGGGAAUCACCGUGGCGCUGCCGCUCCCGAGCGGGCCAGGCGGCAGCAAUGGCAACGGUAACGGCAAUGGCAACGGUCACGACAAUGGCAACAACGGCAACGGCUGGGGCGCGCGCCGGCAGCUGCGCGCCGCUGGCGGCAACGGCAACGGCAACAGUGGUGGUAAUGGCAACGGCAACGGCGGCGGUAAUGGCAACGGUGGCGGUAACGGCAACGGCAACGGCGGUGGUAAUGGCAACGGUGGCGGUAAUGGCAACGGCAACGGCGGCGAUGACUGGGAGCAGCUGCUGACGACUUUCAUCGGUGACAUUCGCUUCGAUGGGCGCGUUCUGUAUCCUCAGGACCCCUCGAUCUUCGUGCCUUACGCGCCGCCCAAGCCGUACAACAAGAAGCUCAAGAACACGGCGUAAAACAUUAUAAAAGCCUGUAUGAUCAGGAAUUCUUUACUUGCUGAUGCGGCCUGUACAUAAAGUGUUCGUAUACGGUACAACAACUUCGGCACGCGACGAUGAUGAUGGCUUCGCAGCCGUGGAGCCGCCGGCACCCUCCAAGUACAUGAACGGCCCGGAUGGGACCUUGGCUUUUCUAGACUGCAUCAAGCCGGCAUCCACAUUUGGACCAUGUGAUAUGACAACAGCAUUGCAUCUGGGCGCCGCAUCUGCAUCAUCGUGCUAGGGCGCGGCCCAGCCUCCAAUCCUUCUUUUGAGCACACACCACGCCGUGGCGUGUGGCUUUGGAACUAGAGGAGGGUAUAUGACCUCUUAGUAGCAAAAGCUGGAGCACGGCAAUUAAGGCGCAGCGUACGGCUGUGGGGACCGUGGCUGCAUCGCUGGUGGGUUUGUCAGGCGGUGUGCGCGACACGCCUGGUGAUGGCUUACCCACGCAUGCAGUAUGCACGACUGGGCCAAAGUCAGAGUUUUGUGUGCUCUGGGGCCUAAGACAUGUCACGUGUACUCCUAGUCUGCCUGUGCCAGUGUGUUAUGUUUGAUGUACUGUUUUUUUACACACGUAGCCAUUAUUUACGUGUCCUUAGCAAAAAUUGAUUGUAUGACCUGCGUGCCUGCUAAUUGGAGGCGGCGCGCGGGAUAGGAAGCAGCCCCUGAGUUCCGGGGAGCUCGUCUAGACGUCUUGGCAACUAGCCCUUAAGCAACUAGUCCUUAGGCAACUAGCCCUUAAGCAACUAGUCCUUAGGCAACUAGGCAACUGGGGUGUAUCGACUACGGAGCAUCAGUGAUGGUGCACCAAAUACACGCCCGCGCCGCCUGUAGCACUGCCUGGGUGAGGUGGUGCAGGGCGCAUCACGCGCCCUAAAAAUAGGUUCUGUAGCACAUAUAGCACAGUUCGCAACGUGGCUGCAUGCAUGCUAAGCAAUCCGUACAUAGCAGUGCAGGGUUCCGACAUGAUGGCUGGUAGGAAAUAGAGUGAGUACUGUGCGGUGCGGCGGGGCCCGGUCCGGUCGCCAGGAGCGCGUGGUGUGAGACUGGCGGAAGACGGGCAGGCGGCACUGCGGCGGCGAUUGGACGGGCAUCCCUCGUGAUCACAGCUGGGAUGAAAAUGCUUAAUGUGGCAGUGAGUUGGGCACCCCUGACAUAAUAACGUGGACGUCUAGAGUGCUGUGUUUGAUGGAACGGCUGUGUCAUUACGACUCAAAUGUCACUUGUUUAGCCCUUCUGCGGGUUGGCUUUGGUUGGUGGGUGUUGUGCACCUUGAACAAACAGCUUGCAUUCCACAACCCACAACCAGAAAGAAACAUAUGCUUGUUAAGCGCCAUUGCGUGGAUUAGGAGUGCCCUUGCCUUCCGAGCGUGUGUCUUCUUUGACGUCCCCUGGCAUCUUCUUCACACAUUGCACACCUCUUUGCACACAUUACCAAGUGAUUGUCGACUGUUGGGACUUCCUAGUGUUGACGCUUGGACGGUCUAAUGCACGAGCCCAGUGUGCGGUUGGGAGGCUUGGCAGCGGCGGCAUUGACAGCGUUUACAAGAGGGCCCAGGAGGAGCGAGAUUGCCACUCGAAGCUGAGCUGAGCUUAUCGUCUUGUACAUUGUGAGAGUUGUUUCCAGUCAGUGAUGAUAUGGGAGGGAGAAAGUGGCAGGAGAAAGUGCACCUUGCUUUGUUUAGCCUCAGAUGCGUACCCACUGAAACCGCUUGCUGUUGGGGCCCCUGUGGCCCUGUGUGCGGGUUGGUGUGGCCCUUCCUGCUUCUAUGUGGAUGGGGAGAGGAGCCGUAAGAGGAGCUGCGCCGGCCAUUCUUUUGGUAUUAGCCGCCGCAAGAAUUCUUUGGUCCCGUUCGUGCAGCAUUCAUUCUUGUCACAUGCAUGCGCCCUGCUUUGCGGGAACCACAACUGUAACCCCCAGGCACG